CCCGAAGAAGUUCAUUUAUAUUCACAUCAAAUUUAAAUAAUUGGGAUUAUUGUUUAAUUUCGGCAAGAACAAACAUGGAAGAAGAGAUUGAACUGUGUUUGAGAUGUUAUCUUCGACCGUUGCUAUCCAUAAGCUUAGUGUUUGGUGUGGAUCCUUUCUCCCAAUGCAACUGCCAAUGUUCCACUAGAAGAAAUCUUCUGACCAAGAAUGGACGAAUAUGUUCCGUGUUCUGCAGUUUUCAAGAUAAUUGGGGUAGACACAACUAUUCUGAAAUUAGCCAUUACUCUUUACAUACUGAUGUAUACGUUAAUGAAUAGUUCGAUGAAAAGAAAAAAGAUAAGUACAAGAAUUAAACUAAGAAAUAUUACGAAUUAUGAUAGAGAACGUUUGAAUGAUGGAUUAAAAAUGCAUUGCAUGUCUGCAAUUUUUGCAAUUUCUUGUUCUAUCGUAGCAAAUCGAAUUCUAAUUACUUUGUUUUUUUAUUUCGCUUUCGAAGCGGGAUAUAACUCAUACUAUGAAGCCAUUUUGUGUAAUGUAACAACGGGGUUGGCUAUAACAUAUUUAUCUGCUGGACAACAAAGUAUGGUACAUAUUUUUAUCUUUGUUGUUACGAUAAUUAAAACUGGAUUUUUAAGUUUAUCCAAAGAACUUCUAUUAAUUAAUAAGAACGGAAGAAAUUUGUUUUAUCAAAUAGAAUCGCUAAUCCUUUGUCACGACCAACUGUGGUUAUUUAUUAAUCACACCAACAAAGUCUAUGGCGUUACUUUUCUUGUAAAUUAUUUUGUUCUGAUGUUCCUGACUUGUUUAUUUAUCUAUAAUUUAUUAUUCAUAAAAAUGCAUACAAUCGCGACUUUAUUAUUCUUGUUUAAUACUGCAGUUUUAGGUGGAGCUUGCCUUAUAGUCGCAUUUUUAUUGUCUGGAUUCGUUGCUGCAAUGCAGAACGGCUUCCAAGACAUUCGAAAAUUUGCAAAUUGUCGUUUGGAGCUUGAAGAAAAGCUGAAAGUUUUGAAUUUUAUGAAGAGAUUCGGGAAAGCUUCUUUAUCGAUUUCAAUGGAAGACUUCUUCAACAUAACAAAGAAAUUUCCCAUCAAGAUGGCCAAUUCUCUGUAUUCGAUAUACUCCAGUCUGUUGAAUUUGAGAAGCAUCCAAGAACGAUGCACAAAAAAGACGAUGCCUCAAUCUCUUGGCUAUCCAGCUAUUAUUAUGGGUUAUAUAAAUCAAUGGACGAAAAACAAUGUUUUAAAUUCCUACAUGCAAUUUUCUUGUGGAAGUGCAGUAUUUUAUAUUACUUAA